AUGGGAACGAGUUUUAAGUUUAAAUUUGCAUCCAAACAUAAUUUAACUACAUAGUAUUUUUUUUUUUUGUAUAAAUUGUAGUCUAAACUUUAUAUUAUUUUUAACUUAAAAAAAGUGUGCAAAAGAUUUAUUGAAGAUUCAGUAUGUAGUCGUUCAUUUAAAAUAUAUAAAUUAUAUGAUUAUAUAUAAGGAAAUUUAGAAAUGCAAAUAUAAAGUCAUUUAUAGCAAAAUAUUAGAUUUUAAGAGGAUGAAUUGUGGAAAAUAUUAGAUAGUGUAUCUGGUGGCCUCUCAUUUAUAUAUAAUAAUGGUUAAAGACAUGAAUAUUUACGACCAGAUACAAUAUUCAUAGUGCAAAAAUCAGAUAAUAGUUUAAUAUAUAAGAUUUCUGAUAGAAGUGUGUUUAACUUAAAAUCUAAUUAUUAAGAUUGUUUAGAAGGAAACUAUAAAAAUAGGUAUUUAUCACCAGAAUGUAUGAAAGGGUUAAUGAAUAUAUUUGAGAAAAGUGAUGGAGUUCCUUCAAAAAAUGAUGUAUUUGCACUAGCUUUAAUAAUUAUAUAUUGCGGAACUAUGCAACCAAUGGAAGGUGUUUACGAUUUUUCUCAAAAAACAAUAAAUUACAUGUUUAUAGAAAAAUAAUUAUAAUUGUUUUCACUUAGUUAUAAUAUGGAAUUAGCAAAUUUACUAAGAGAAAUGCUUAUUGAAGAUGAAAAUAUGCGAAUGGAUUGUGUAUAAUUAGACUAUAAAUUAAAUAUGUAUCCGAAACUAUAAAAUAAACGAAUAUCAUAAAUAGCCAAACCGGAAUCACUGUUAUAAUUAACACUAUUAGAUGGAAAUAACUUUAUAAUGUAAUAAUAAAUUAAUAAUGACUAAAAUAAUAAUAUAUUAUAGCAUACCAAUAACAUAAAGACUAAUAAUGGAUUGAUUAAUAAUAAUUUAAUUAAUAGCAACGGAUAAAAUAUUGGAUUAGUUAAUAAUAAUAGUAUAAUGAAUAAUAAUAAUCUUAUUAAUAAUGCAAAUAAUAAUAAUAAUUAAAAUAUUUUUGGAUUUUAAGAUAAUAAUCAUUUAUAAAAUUUUAAUGAUAAUAAUAAUAAUAUUAUAUAUUCUAAUCAUGUACAUAAUUCUAGCAAUUUUAAUUAGUUUCCUUUAAAUAAUUAAAACUCUUAUCAUAAUUAAUAAAAUAUGAUAUAAGAUUUUGAUCAUAAUUAAAUAUAAAAUAUGAAUAUGGGUUAGUAUAAUAAUAAUAAUAUGAAUUCAUUUAAUAAUAAUAAUAUGAAUCCUAUUAAUAACAUGCAUAAUAGUUUCAAUAAUAAUCAUUAAUAUUAAGAUUAAAUGAAUAAUAAUUUAAAUUAAUAUCAAAUAAUGAAUUUAAUAUAAUAAUUUUUAAACAAUAGUAAUAAUAAUAUGUAAAAUAACAAUUAUUUUGAUAAUAUAAAUAACUUCAAUCAUAAUUCAAUUAACAAAAAUUUUCUUUUAUAAUAAUAAAUGUAACAAUAUUAAUUUAUUUAACCCAAUAAUAAUAAUAUUGCAUAAAAAAUUUAAUUUCUUGGAGGACUUCAAAAUACAAGCAAACAUCCAAACAUUCUAAAUAAUAUUCCUAGAAAGAAAUAAGCGUUUUAUUAUGAAGAUGGAUCUUAUUAUGAAGGAGAAAUGGUUCUUGAAUAUCGAGACGGAUUUGGAAAACUUAUUUUUAGUAAUAAAGGAGCUUAUGAAGGUAUAUGGAAACUUAAUAAAAUGCAUGGAAAAGGUACGCUAUAUUAUCCAAAUGGAGAUAAAGUUUAUGAAGGAGAUUGGUUCGAAGAUUAAUUUAAUAAUUUUGGACAUUUAUUCAAUAACAGACCAUUAGUCAUAUAGUAAAAAUUUGAUUAUAAAGACUUUGAUUAACUAUAAAAUUAAUGGGUAAAGUAUGAAGGAGAAUUUACUUUAGAUAAAAAAUAAGGAUUUGGUACUCUUUUUUUAAGUAAUGGAGAGAAAUAUUCAGGAAACUUCAAAUAAGAUACAGUAAGUGGAUAUGGAAUUUUUUAUACUUUAGAUGAAGAAUCUGUAAGUGGAUUAUGGGAAAAUAAUAAAUUUAUUAAAAGAAUGUGA